CAGGUUAUGAACAAAGUUGGCAGGAAAUUAUAUGUCAAAGAGGUAAUUGCAUUUGAAUAAUUCGUAUUAAUGGUGUAACUGGUAUAGUAUGUGCGGUCUAAUUCUAAAUUGCCUCCACAUCCUGUUUAGCCAUUCUGUAGUCCUGAGACUUGCUGUCACUAACCCACUGAUGGCUUCCUCCUGCUUGGUCAGCGUGGAGGUCUGAAGCUGUUCUGGUGGGAGCUUUAGACCAGACCAAAGUUGGUUUCAGCCAGCCCCUUCAGUAAUCUGCUCCAGCCAGACACCGGCUUCUUAUCUCUCCCUCUUCCUGUGCCGCAGGCAGGGCAUGGGCAUUGGGUUGCAUUGUGGUAGAGAGAGACUGACUACGACCAUCCCUGAUCUGGCCUCAUAGAGGGUUGUUGCCGUUAGUUGAAAUAUUUGUACUCUGCGGUGUGCAACAACGACUUGAGCAUCAUGGCCUCUGGACCAUCAGAUGUGAUGACCCCCCAGGAUUCUGCAGACGCCACAGAAGAGUGCACAGGCAAGAAGAAGUCCAGGUUCCAGACAUUCAAGAACUUCUUUGCAAAGAAGAAGAGAAAAGAGUCUGCUUCUCCUGCUGGAGACAGUGGAUUGAAGUCUAGCCAGUCCAGUGACAAUGUCAACGUCUCAGAACCUGGGGUUUUCAUCCGCUCUGAGAAAGACAAGGGCUCUGGGUCAAAAAUCAACUUGGGAAAUAAGGCUCUGUCACAUGACAGUGUCUUUGUCUCUGAUUCUCCCAUGUCAGAGGGGACUGAAGGUUUGGGGGCUUCUCAGGACAGCAUUCAUGGGAAAGUCAAGUCGCUACAGUUCCAGUUGAAACAGACCAUCGGGCUGGGCUCUCCCACUCUGUAUGUGAAGAAGGGGGAUGAUGCAGGGACUCUAUCGGAGGAUGACGGCCUACCGUGCAGCCCGCCAGAGUAUUCCACUCUGCACACUGUCCUUGGUGGGGUGUCCCAUAGGUCUUCCGGUCUGAUGCAGAGGAACAGCUCCCUGAGCCUGGAAGGAACAGACAGUGAUGAGGACCAGAUGUCCUAUGAAGCCGGCUCCAGAUCAGUCAGUCCCCUGGUCUCCCUGCCUAUAGACUUCAGCCUGCCUGCCAGUCCAGUGGGUUGCCUGGACAACUCUGCUGCUCGCCACCGCCUAGAUGUCCGACAGAAGGCCUGCAUCAAGACGAGAAAACCCACCACUAGGGUUGAUGGCAGGUCUGAGGGAGAGUCAAUCCAAGAGGAAGGACUGGGUUCUCUCAUUACCUCAUCUGUGGCGGAGGAUGAAGAAGAUGUGGAAUGCAUGCAGACCGGUACUCCCGAAGAGGGCGAAGAACAGGAUGAGCGCUCAGACCCAGAGGAAGACAACGAGCAUGGUGACAAACAGGAAGUGUCUCAGACUCAGGAUGCUCCCUCCCCCUCAAUACAGAAUGAUUCUGGCUCUGAGGAAUGUAUCCAUGGCCAGGCCGAGGGUCCGGCACCCCAGCUCCACACGCAGACUGCCCACUUCACUGGCUCCCUGGACUCCCUGGAGCCCCCUACUGGUGAUGACGAUGACCUACUGCUGGAUUCUGGGUGCGAGGCAGCUGACGGAGGCUCUCUACUUCAGGAGGUGCUGAACUCACUCAAGGGUCCCCUGACAUCUGGCCUGGUGCUAGAAACGGAGGAGGUGCAACUGGAGGUGAGAGCGGAGAGCUGGGUGAAUGAGAGGGCUGCCCAGCCCGAGACUCCCUCCCUGCCAUUGAACCCAACCCCCAAGCAAGAAACCAGUCUCCCAACAGAAGACCCUUCCUGCACAACAGAAUCCCACCAGGAGGGGGAGCCUUAUGAGUCUGAGGACUUGGUUGUAGAACAUUUCCUACCAAAGAAGGAAAAGGAAGUUGCAGAGGAAACCCACCCUGAAUAUUUGACUGAAGAAGAUCAGGACAUGCCGUUAGUGGAUAUGGAAAAGGAGAAAAAAGUGAGUAAGGAGUAUAAGGCCGAGGUGGAGGAAAACAACAAUGAGACCAACCAAAAAGAGGAGGAGAUAGAUGAGGAACAUGAGAGGGUGUGGAGGGAGGAGGUCGAUGAAGAUGAGGAAUAUGAGAGAAGGGGGAGGGAGGAAGAAGAGAAGGUAGAUCAGGAGAUGGAUGAUGAGGGGAGCAAGGAGGAGGAACCAGUCUCAGAGCUACCAGUGCAUACAGCCUACCUGGAGACAGAGGAAGAGGAGGACAUAUCGCCAACCUCUGUUGAUGAUGAUGCACAACAGGUUCCAGACAUUGACACCGACCCGGAGACAGCACGUGAGAGCCCUGAGCUCCCCGCUGAGCUGGCUGACCCGCAGGUCACGGAACCAACCUGUGCCUCUCCGCUUGAAAGCCUCCAGACAUCCACUACAGAACCCUACCACCACCCUGACCAGGACCAGGAUGAGCCCAGUGUCACAAGCCACGCUGCCGGCCCGGAGCCGGGCCCCCGUGAGCCCUGCGGUGAACAGACUACCACAGAGGAUCAUGGGAAGCCAUUUAGCGGCUCUGAGCAGUGUAGACCUAGGUUUACCAUCGCCCCUGCCUGGCAAAGGGUGGCCACUAAAGACCCAACCUCGCUCUCCCCUCCUCCCACCCCCUCUGGGCCUGCGCCUGGUCCUGUCGAUACAGGGGAUACAGCCAAGGGAGACUCCCCGAGUAGAGAGGAGCCACUAAGCCCUGUGGUGUCUGAAGUCCCUGCUAGUCCAAGCCAAAUCCAGCGCACCACCAUCAUCCCUCCCAUCGACACUCCUCCUGCCACUCCUGUAGCCCAGGAGGAAGGGACCCCUGAGAAUCUGUUUGGUGUCAGGCUGAGGAAGACCUCCCUCGGUAUGCUGCGUUUAGGCUCUGAGAGUGAAACCCCCCCUGCCUCCCCAGCUCACUCCGUUUUUAUAGAACCACAGAGGGCCUCGUGCGCCGAUCCGCAGCCAAACAGCAGACCUGCUCUGCCCCGGAAGCCCACAGAGCUAGACUGUAUUGUCAAGCCUAAGAGAAAACCAGAUCUGUCUGUGGGUCGAGUGCCCAGUGGGGGAUCUGAUUCACCUAGCUGGAUCUCAGUGGCCAGGCAAAAGCAGAGGAUCUUCAAGGAGAACUCAUUAGAGGAAACCACAGAGAAGAAGGCCCCUUCAGAGAUGGAGGAGACCAAAACAUCUAUACCUGCAUUGACAAGUCAUGUCCUCAAAGACACAACCAAGCUUCCGGGAUCUUCUGUAAAAGUGUUGUGUUCCCUGGAGAGCUCGAAGCCUACCUUGGUGGAUAAUGAGGGGAAGAGAGCUUUGGCCCACCCCGCCCCAACUUCCCUGGGUCAGGACGAGCCCCCAUGGAUGGCCCUUGCUAAGAAGAAGGCCAAAGCCUGGAGCGAGAUGCCUCAGAUAGUGCAGUGAGGACGGGCAUAACCAUCCACCCAUUGGUGGAUCAGAAUGCAUUUGAAUACACACAGUACGUCUUUUGUCCUCUACUCUCCUGCUAUCUUCAAGCUUCUGAUUUGGGAGGGUUUCAACAUGUGACCAAUGACACGCUGCAGUCAGGAAUUGGGCCAAAUGAGUUUUGAGUUAUAUGUUGAUGAUAUUACAUUCAGUUGACAUUGUCUUCAGAAAAACCAAUGAGUGAAUGAGUUAUGUUUCAAGUUUUUAAGUGAUGCUGUCAGUGUUCCUAGUAUGAGUGAGUUUCAAGUGUCUCGAUAACUUAAACCAAGCCUUGAUCUUUAAUUUGAGGGAUGAAUAAGCAUGGAUGGAAAGAGCUUAAGGUUUCUUCUUUGUAUUUAUUAAAUCUCUCGUAUGUUUUAUGUAUUUUUGUAUUGUCUUGUACAUAAAAUGUGCAGUAAAGAACAAAUAGAAUCAC